AUGUCAGCAGAUGCAACAUCGGUGAGUGAACUUGUGGUCAAACUGGCAAAGAUGAUACAACAAGAGAAGCUUGUCCCAGAUCAGGUCUAUAGCAUCGACGAGACCGGGCUGAAUUUCAAACGAUUGCCACAAAAGACAUUCUCUGUUGGGGAUUCAAGUUCAGCUUCAGGGUUUAAACUAAAAAAAGAGCGUAUAACAGUUGCCCUGAGUUCAAAUGCAUCUGGGGAGCAUAAACUCCCACUUUUGGUCAUCGGUAAAUCCAAGAAACCCAGAGCCUUCAAACACAUUAAUGUUUCUUCUCUUCCUGUGGUUUAUCGUGCCCAGAAGUCAGCGUGGAUGGACUCAAACAUCUUUAUUGACUGGUUCGUAAACGAAUUCAUUCCUAAAGUCAAGAAAUUCUUAAUGGAGCAUAAGUUGCCAGAAAAAGCUAUUUUAGUGCUCGAUAACGCUGGAACUCAUCCCCGUGAACUAGAGUGUGAAGAUGCUCCCGGAAUAAAAUUGUUUUUUCUACCUGCCAAUGUUACAAGUCUUAUCCAACCUAUGGACCAGGGUGUAAUUGAAUGUAUGUAA